AUGGCGCCAUCGAUAUCGAAGAAGAGAAGAAUAGAGGAUGCCAUGAAUGGCAAGACCUCUCAACCAAAAAAGAAAUUCAAGAAACAACUGGAGUAUCACAGUAGUUCCUCCGAAAAUGAAGACGACGCUCCGCCAGCCCCGUUCUCGGGAGUGACCUUACAAGACUCCGACAGUGACAACGAUGGAUCAGUUACGGGCGUCCAACUACCAGAGGAUGCAGUGGCGGCGUCAAACGCAGAGGAAAACGAUGCUAGUGCGUCAGACUCCGAAAACGACUCCGAUUCAUCAGACUACUCUCUAGCCACCUCCGACGUUGGGAGUAUAGCAAAUCGCAAACAGAUCUCGAAGCGAAAUGACCCUGCGGCAUUUUCCACCUCCAUAUCCAAAAUUCUUGGAACAAAACUUUCUACCUCUGCCCGCGCCGAUCCCGUGCUAUCACGAAGUAAGUCCACAGCGCAAACGACAGCGGAUAUUGCCAACGAGAAACUUGAAAAACGAGCGCGUGCAAAGAUACGUGCCGAGAAGAAGGAAGAGCUUGAGCGUGGACGGGUAAAGGACGUUCUGGGGGUUGAGCGAGGAGAGGCUGGCGAAACGGCGGAGCAGGAAAAGCGCUUACGAAAGAUAGCGCAGAGGGGUGUGGUGAAAUUGUUCAAUGCUGUUCGGGCUGCUCAGGUGCGAGGCGAAGAAGCGGCGAGGGAGGAGAGGCGAAAACGUGCAACUGUCGGCAUGGACGAACGAGAAAAGAAGGUUACCGAGGUUAGCAAGCAAGGGUUUUUGGAACUGAUUAACGGGAAAGGGAAGAAAGUGACAAUCGAAGAAGCAUGA